AUGAAGGCAAUCAUUCUUGUCGGCGGCUUCGGUACCCGGCUGCGGCCUCUCACCCUCACUCUGCCGAAGCCUCUGGUCGAGUUUGCCAACAAGCCCAUGAUCUUGCACCAGAUUGAGGCCCUUGCCGCUGCAGGUGUUACUGAUGUCGUUCUUGCCGUCAACUACCGGCCGGAGAUAAUGGAGAAGCAUCUCGCCGAGUACGAGAAGCGAUUCGGCAUCAACAUCACCUUUUCCGUCGAGACGGAGCCCCUUGAUACGGCAGGCCCCCUAAAACUGGCUGAGAAGAUCCUCGCCAAGGACGAUAGCCCCUUCUUCGUUCUCAACUCCGACGUCAUCUGUGACUAUCCUUUCCAGCAGCUGGCCGCGUUUCACAAGGCUCACGGCAAUGAGGGCACCAUUGUUGUCACCAAGGUGGAGGAGCCUUCCAAGUAUGGCGUCGUCGUUCACAAACCCAACCACCCCUCCCUUAUCGACCGCUUCGUCGAGAAGCCGGUCGAGUUUGUCGGCAACCGCAUUAAUGCUGGCAUGUACAUUCUCAAUACCUCUGUCCUCAAGCGUAUUGAGUUGCGGCCCACCUCCAUCGAGCAGGAAACAUUCCCCGCCAUCGUCCGUGACGGCCAGCUUCACAGCUUCGAUCUGGAGGGAUUCUGGAUGGACGUUGGCCAGCCGAAGGACUUCCUGACCGGAACCUGCCUGUACCUCACUUCGUUGACCCUGAAAGGCUCCAAGGAGCUGACUCCUGUGUCCGAGCCCUACGUUUACGGCGGCAACGUGCUCAUCGACCCCACUGCCAAGAUUGGCAAGAACUGCCGCAUCGGCCCCAACGUCACCAUUGGUCCUGGUGUGGUUGUUGGUGAUGGAGUUCGCCUGCAGCGCUGUGUCCUACUGUCUGGUUCCAAGGUCAAGGAUCAUGCCUGGGUCAAGAGUACCAUCGUCGGAUGGAACAGCACUGUCGGCAAAUGGGCUCGCCUAGAAAACGUGACGGUCCUUGGCGACGACGUGACCAUUGCUGACGAGAUUUACGUCAAUGGCGGUAGCAUCUUGCCACACAAGAGCAUCAAGGCCAACGUCGAUAUUCCUGCCAUUAUUAUGUGA